UUUUUUUUUUGGAGAAUGAGAAAAGAAAUUGCUUUAAAAGAGCCGUUUACACGGACAUUGCAGAAAACCCUAAAUUUUGAAAAUCGCCAUUCGCCUCCUCUUUCCAUUCCCACGUUUUCUCUCUCAGUUCACAGAGAUCAAAUUAGCCUCACUUCCCCACAAGGUGGAUUGGAAAUGCCAAAUUGGUAUUCGCGGUGGACUACGGCCAGGUUUCUCAUCGUCGACGCCGAUAACGUCCGCAACGGUCUGCGCGGAUCCAAGAUUCAUGCUGCCAGGACCGGUAACGAUGCUAUUGCUUACCUCAACCUUGUGAAGCACAGAUUUGGCACCUGUGAGGGAGCUACAUCAUGAAUCUAUGAUUAGGCUGCUCACAACCUCAAUGCAACUGCUUCUCCCUAUAAAAGAUGAUAAUGCAUGGUACAACAUGGACAGGAGCAGGGUGAGAAUGCUGGAAAGAUGGAUGUAUACAAAUCUGGCAUUUUGUUUCUGAGAAAACUUUUAACUGCCUUAGGUGGAUAAAGAAUACUUCCUAUAUGUUUUGAAUUGUUCUUAGGGCACAUGGAGGCUACCAAGUGGAAGAAGUGUCAUGCAGGGAUUUCUUUGUUUGCCGUGAAUGCAGGGAAGUGCUCAGAUGAAAUGGUAGUGCUAGUGCGUGAUUCAAGUUUGGACUUUAGAUAUAUUGAUACAUAGAAAUAUAAAUCUGAAUUACUACUUUAUUGCACGUUUUAUAGUUUACGAUUUUUGGUUGGUAACUUAGUAUGUGGUCCUUAAAUCUUGUCUCUCAAUCCAUUCUA